AUGAAAGUAUUCGUAACAGGCGCCGCAGGUCACGUCGGCUCAGCCCUCAUACCUAAGCUCGUCGCGUCCGGGCACCAAGUCACUGGACUCAUCCGAUCCCCUUCAUCUAUCGCCAAACUCGAAUCCCUCGGCGCCAAACCGGUCCAGGGAGACCUCACCGACCUCGAGACCAUCGCGAAAGCAUCCAAGGACGCCGACAUUGUCGUCCAUCUAGCUUUCGACCACGGUAUGGCGUUCGGUGGAGACUUUGCAGGGGCUUGCGAGAAGGACCGGAAAGUUAUCGAGGCCAUUUGUAACGCCCUCCUCUCUUCGAAUUCGGGCGGGGAAAAGAAGCGAUUCAUCCUUGCCUCUGGGACCCUCGGCCUUCCCCCCGGCGGGAACGAGGAGUCCGAGGGACAUCGUUCCCCUCAGCUGCCUCGGCACCUGUCGACAGACUUAGCCUUUUCCUACGCCCCCAAAGGCUUGUCGGUGAUCGCACUCCGACUCGCGCCGGUCACCUACGGCCCAGCCGAGCCUCAUUCGUUUUUGAAGCAGCAAAUCGCGCAGAUCGAAGAGAAGGGAUAUGUUGCUUACCCUGACUCGGACAACGCCUGGGGGGCUUGUACGAUCGAGGACGUGGCGGACCUGUUCCUUCGAGCGGUUGAAAUCGCUCCGGGGAAACUUCCCAACCCGGCCACUCUGCACGGGCUGGCCGAAAGCGUACCGCUGAAGGACGUCGCGGAGGUCUUGGGGCGAAGGUUGGGCAAAGAGACGAAAGUGAUUCCGAAGGAGAAGUUGGCAGAGGAGUUAGGGUUUGUAGGUGUGCUACAGUCGAUGGCGUACCAGGCGUCCGCAGAAUGGACGAAGGAACAGACCGGCUGGAAGCCGAAGGGCAAGAGGCUGCUGGAGCAGUUAGAAUUGUACGAGAUUGCUUGA